AUGGUCGGCAACGGUUUGGAUCUUUCGAGCCUAAAGCACAAGGUGGCUUCCAAAAUGAAGGACAACAAGAAGAAGCCAUCGAAAUCGAGCAAAAAGGACUCUGGAAAACAUGCACAGAGAUCGGAAGAGGGCAAACCAGUGGCGAAAGUAGACUCUAAGGAGAAAAAUGCUGAAAAGGAAGCUAUUCGUCGCGAAGCUUUGGCGUUGGGCGCUUCUGAAAAGGACUUGAAUUUGAUCAGUGGGCUAUCAGAUGAUGAUGAUUUGAGUGAACAGGAGUUUGGCAGCACAAAGCAGGGCAAAGAUAAAGAGUUUGAUGACGAGUUCAAACAGUUUUUGAAGAGCAGUGGUAUUGAUGCUGUUGCUCCUCCUCAGGAUGCGGAAGAAGCAGAGGAGGAUGAACAAGAAGAAGAAGAAGAAGAGGAAGAAGAAGAAGAGGAAGAAGAAGAAGAGGAAGAAGAAGAAGAGGAAGAAGAAGAAGUGGAAGAAGAAGAGGAGGAGGAUAGUGAAUCAGAGUCGAUACCAGAACUUGUCAAAGGCGUUGAGUCUGAAAUGACCGAAGGACCCGAACUGUCAGAUGACGACAAGUCAUUCGAUGAGGAGGGUCCUUUUCUUAAUCAAGACUCAGAUGCUGAAACCGCCGAAGAAAAAAAGGAAGACAAAGACUUGAUUUCGCAAACCCACUUAGUGACCUCAGACAAACUGCUUGUACCUUCAGACGCGGUAUGGCACGAAAUUCCACUGGAUCCUCAGGCAAACGCUCAAAAUGAACCUUUAUCGGCGGACAAAAUCGAAACCUUAUACCAGCGUGCAAAGCAAGCGCUUGAGGCAGACAACACUCUUUACUACGACGAGUUUACAAAAAACUCCUCGCAGAGAAAGUUUAUGUCUCAGAUUUUGAGCGACGGUACCCUCAACGAUAAAAUUUCUGCACUGACGUUGUUGAUCCAGGAGUCACCUUUGCAUAAUACGAAGUCCUUAGAUACGCUCAUCUCUUACUGUGGAAAGAAAUCCAGAAACUCCGCUUUGCAAAGUUUGAACUCUCUAAAAGAUCUUCUGCUGAAUGGCUUACUUCCCGACAGGAAAUUAAAGUUCUUCAAAAAUCAGAACCUUUCGAUGAUGCUCAACAAGAGAACGCUUGCCAUUUUCUACUUUGAAGAUUAUUUGAAGACUCUUUUCUUUCAAGUUUUGCAAGUAAUGGAAAGGUUGUCGCAUGAUCCUAUCAUUCAUGUGCGCAUGCAAGUGCUUUCGCAUAUCUUUGAUUUGCUCACUGCCAAGCCCGAGCAAGAGUUCAAUCUACUAAGGCUGGGGGUUAACAAAUUGGGUGAUAUCGACAAUAAAGUAUCGUCCAAGACCUCUUUCCAAUUGCUGAAACUAGAACAGGCUCACCCAAACAUGAAGUCAAUUGUAAUUGAUGCCACCGUUGAUGUGGCCUUGAGGCCAAGUGCGGAUUACCAUACGACGUAUUAUUCGGUCCUGACGCUGAAUCAAACGAUUUUGAAAAGGUCAGAGGAUAAGAUUGCCAAUCAAUUGAUCAAGACUUAUUUCACCUUGUUCGAAAAGUUUUUGCUGUCUACGGAUUCUGAAAACGCGGAAGGUGGGGACCAUGCUCCCAAAAACAAGCAGGCAAGCUACGAAAACAAGCGCAAGAAGAAUUUUAAGCGCGGUAAAAAGGGUGGGAAGUCGGUGAAGAAUGACAAGACAGAGAAGGAAGUUGUGGAUGAGAAGAACUCUAAACUAUUUUCUGCCAUUCUCACAGGCAUAAACAGAGCUUUGCCGUUCUCGAAUAUGCCUGCUAGUGUUUACGAAGCGCAUCUGGACACUUUAUUCAAAAUCACACACUCUUCGAACUUCAACACCGCUGUUCAAGCCUUGGUACUGAUCCACCAAGUCACACUGAAAGCGGAGCUAAAUGAUGACAGAUACUACCGUACACUUUACGAGAGUUUACUGGACGCACGUUUAGUAACUUCGUCGAAGCAGGGAAUUUACAUGAACUUGCUUUACAAAUCAUUGAAACAUGAUAGCAAUGUAGCUCGUGUGGAAGCGUUUGUGAAAAGAAUCUUGCAAGUGUGUUCGAGCUGGCUUAACGUGGGUGCUUUGGCGGGUAUGUUGUUUCUACUGCUACAACUAGGCAAGGCUGUUCCGCAGAUCAAGAACCUAUUCACCAACACCCCUGCCGACGCCGAAUACGCUUCUGAGGAAGAAGAGGAUGGGAAAACUGAUUCCUCGAGACAGAGGACAUAUGAUAGCGGCAAAAGAGAUCCUAAAUUUGCCAACGCGGACCACUCAUCUGCAUGGGAAAUGCGCCAUUUCUUGAACCAUUACCACCCAACAGUGCAGACGUAUGCGGAGGCGUUUUUGACGAGCUCCGAUGAGGUGACGAAACCGGAUCUGGGCCUAUACACUUUGGCACAUUUCUUGGAUCGAUUCGUGUACCGCAAUGCUAAGCAGAAGCCUGCAACGCGCGGUUCAUCGAUCAUGCAGCCGUUGGGCGGAUCGCACACGGGAUCGCUGAUUGUGCGAGCUUCGGAUGCUCGCGCUACGGGGCUCGAUGCUGUGCCCGCCAACACACAGGAUUGGCUCGCUAAGAAAGCCGACCAGGUGAGUCCUGACGAGCGUUUCUUCCACCAGUACUUCAGCACGAAGCAGAGUGCCAUCAAGCGUGCAGAAAAGGGCAAGGGUUCUGGCGCGAGCCACGAGUUUGACGAGGGCAGCGAUCUGGAUGAGGACGAAGUUUGGGACGCAUUGGUGAAAUCUCGGCCAGAAGUGGAGGACGAUAGUGACGACGAUGAGUCGAUGGACGAUUUGGAGGCGAUGUCGAUGUCAGAGGCGAGCGAUGAGGAGGAGGAGGAAGGAGCCGAGGCGGAAGGAGCCGAGGCGGAAGCUGAGAAAGAAGAAGAAGAAGAAGAAGAAGAGGAUGUAUUCUACAGCUUUGCAGACGACAGUAGUGUUAACGCCAAGAAGCGCACACGUGACGCGGACCUCAGCGACGACGACGAUAGCGAUGACGAGGCACUGGCCAAGGCGUUCCAAAGCGAUAGUGGCAGUGAUAGCGACAGCGACAGCGACGUCCAACAAGAACAAGAACAAGAACAAGAACAAGAUCAAACAAAGCAGCUUGGGAAGGACAAGGACUCUUCGGGCCGCAUGUCACGCAAAAAGCUCAAGGCUCUGCCCGUGUUUGCCUCUGUCGACGAUUAUGCAAGCUAUCUCAGCGACUAA